UACGUGAAUAUACAAUGUAUAACCUACACGACAAACAGACGAAAUGAACCGCCGAAGGAGGUGACAUAUUGCAUUACAGUAUCAAAGUCGGGAUAUUUUACCCCAGCAUGUCAAAGCGGUCGACACCAUUCCAGCUGAGAAGCAUGAAGAGUGCGUCCGUUAAGAGCGCGUCCGUAAAAAGCGCCUCGAUGAAGAGCGUUUCCAUGAAGAACCCUGUGAAACGGUCGAAACUGCCUGUUCGAACCCCAAGAUCCCUGAUUCCGGUCAGGAUCAAUGGAUCUAUAUACUGUCAACAUCAUCCUGGUCACGAGGUGACGCUGGUCUGUGAAGACUGUGAAGGAUCACUGGUCUGUGUGGACUGUGUGACGACAACACAUCAACGUCAUGGAUUGGUCAAGCUUAUUGACGUCGCUCCUUUAAAAAGAGAAAACAUACGUUCAUUUAUUGACAAGGCUGAAAGAACGGCCAUUCCAAAGGUAAGGAAACAGGUGGAGUCCGCUAAUGAGAAACUGGCUGAGAAUAAAACGAUGUACAGAGCACUCGUAGGGAAAAUUCGCCAACAGGGUCAGACACUCAAGGAAGAAAUUGACAGAAUUACAAACAAGUUCGUGGCACAGUGCGAGGAGACCGAGAAAGAGAACGAAGAGAAGAUGCUGAAGUACCGGAAGCUGCUACAUGCGUUGUACGCGGAACUGAACUUGUCUGUACACGAGUGCCAGAAGACGAUAGAGACGGGUAACCCUACCCAAGUUUACUCAAUGGAGAAAAAGGUGAGCAGUGCGCUGAAACUGCCGACAGCACCAGCCAUACGGUCGACCUUCUUCAACGCUGGGUCGCUCUCCCUCGACCAGAUUGAGCAGAGCUUUGGUGGACUCACCGUGCCGGACGAGCAAACAGAAGUUGAUCAGCAGACCGCUCUGGGGAAUCCUGCUGCUAAGUUAAUGCAGGAUUUUGUUGACGACUCUGCUUCCGGUAUAUUCGAUGGGAGUGUAUCGGGCAUGCUGAACAUGCCUUAUCAUGGGAACAGGACAGUGUUCUGUUUGUCCGAGUUCGAGCACUCUACCGAUAUCCACUCGAUUCAUACGGUAGCCAACACACCAUACACGUGGAUUCUCGACAUAUUCACGUACGAAAUCCUCCUUGUAAACAAGAAGGGCAAGGUCAAAGACAAGCGCGAACUCAAAGUUUGUCCGGACGACCUAAGUCUGUCGCCAGUCACUGGCAACAUGUGGGUGUCAAGCGAGGACGACUACAAGAUCCGGGAGGCGGGACAAUCUGAGAAGACACCGCGCGUGAGGUUCCACUCCACUGACCUGCCACUGUCUCUCUGCAUCACCGGGGACAACAAAGUGAUGGUGGGAACACACAAAACGGUGACGGUUUACACACCAGAAGGCGAAGUUGUUCAGCGUACUACCACCGACCGUACGAAGCGACAAAUGGUCACUUUCCCACGCCACAUCGCACAGUGUCCGGUGUCAGGAAACAUUGCAGUGGCCGACGGAGACGAUCCGGAGUGGGGUGGUGACGAUAAACCACACGUCAUGGUCAUGGAUUCCAACCUCCUUCUCCAAUUCCGGUACAGGGGCAACAAGAGUGAUUCGGCUGGCAAGAAGAAGUCAGGACCGUUCUUUGAUCCAUAUGACAUGUGCUUCGAUGCAAGCGGCAACAUGAUCGUGGCAGAUAGAAACAACCGAGUCUUAUUACUAGUAAACAGGGAAGGACGAUACCUCAGCACAUUGCACAUUGACCAGGCUAGACCUGUAGCCAUCAGUCUCCAGAACGAAAACAUCCUCUGGGUCGGUUUCGACCGCGGCAAAGUCAAGGUAUUCCGCUACAGCUAAGUCAGUAGGCGAAGGAGUCGUGAAAACGGCGUUCUAUGCUCUACGAAGAUAGAAGUGUCACAAAAAAACCCAC